AGGCAGCGAAUCGGCCCACCCUGACCGCCACCUGUUGAACUUCUUGCAUCGUCACAUUUUCCAAUUAUUUACUCCCACACUCCCCUUUCUGCAAUUUCACUCUCCCGUCUUGGCCGUGCAUCGCACGCUCCUGGCGAAACCCACCCCUUCAAGCAUUGGUCCCAAGCCGCACCCGCAAACCCUAUCGGAUUCCAUCUCGAAAUUUCCACUUUUGCUCGGUUUUCCGCCAUGGGUUUGAGCGGAACCUCCUGAUCUGCGGCGGAUUUCAGCUCGAUUUGAUGAACAUCCGGUAGGAUUUGUGGAUUUUGUUGUUGGUUUUUGGAUCUCUGUUCCCGCGGGGUAGGUGAGGGUUGAACGGGAUGGAGGGGGGCUCUGCGUCGGCGGUGGACGAUCUCGGAGCCGCGCCUGAGUCUUGGGAGGUGGCUGACGUUGACGCCAGCAUGCGGCGGCUCAUGCUCUCGUCUUCGAAAAAGAACUCGGGCAGUCAAUCCGAACUCGAUGAUUCUUCUGUGUCGGCUCCGAAUUCGGCGUCUGCUUUGAGCAGUUCGUCUCCGGCUUUAGACCUCUCUGAGGAUGCCAUCAAUUCGGUCGACCAGUUUCUCCGGGAGGCUUUACAAAACCCUAGGGAAAGGCUUUCAGUUCUCAGAAUGGAGCAGGAUGUUGAAACUUUUAUUAAAGAUCCAACCCGGCAGCAAAUGGAGUUCCAACAGCUCCCUACAUCAUAUUUGCGUCUGGCUGCUCAUCGGGUGGCUCAGCACUACUCUCUCCAGUCAAUGGUCUUAUUAGACAACAGUUUACCAGAUGGAUCUGGAUCGCGAAUUAUAGUAUGCAAAAGUUCCGGAAGUCGAAUACCUUCAAUUCGCCUGGCUGAUAUACCUGUAAAUGUGCCCCAGGAAGGUACAGGUGUAGUCAAAGUUGCUAUUAAGCAGAGACCACAGAAAGGUUCUCAGUUCAGUGGCUCUUCAAAUUCACACUCUUCAAAUAGUAACAACUCUAAAAGUGUGGAGGAAAGAAAGGAAGAGUACAACAGGGCAAGGGCUCGGAUUUUCAGCUCUAAUAAUCUAGUCGGCGGUGAUAAUGGAAAAACUGAAAGUGAAUCAAACAUGCAGGAAGCUUUCCAGCCUGGUCCACUUAGAUUUUCAAAGGCAGAUGAAAAGGCAACAUCUGCUGGGACUUCUGAAGUGAAUACUGGCAGAGGUCACCUUGAUUCUUCAUCAACUGGUAGCAGUAGAUCAGCUAGAAGUAGGAGUGAGAAGGAGCAGAUUGCUAGGUCUAGAACUAGUAAUAGGGUGGCUAUAUUCAGAGACCGUGAAACUGAUCGCAAGGAUCCUGAUUACGACAGGAGUUAUGACAGAUACUUGCAAAGAUUCGACCCUGGGUUUGGAUUUGCUGGAGGGCCGUAUGCUAUUCAACCAAUGUACGCUCCUGCAUUGAACUACAACACUGAGUUUCCACAACUCAGACCAGCACGUCGGCCGACUAUCUCUCACGAACAUCAACCUCGCCCUCUUCCUCCACGAUUGCCUGUGCAAUGGGUUGGACCAUCAACUCCCGGCAUUGGAUAUGGCCAGGCUGAGACCAUCAUACAUCCUCCUCCGUUCAACACCAAUCAUGUUGGGGUGCGGUCCAACCAUGCUCUUUACUUGCACUCAACUCAGUAUUCUGGCCAGCACCCUGGAAUGCCUUUCAUCCAUCAUCAUGAACAAAUUCAAGUUCACCAACCCUUUUCACAGUCUUAUCAGCCGCAAGCUGAUGCCAGUUUUGGAAUAGCCCGGCCCCGAUAAGGGGCCUGGGCCAUGCCUGCAUCCUGCCAAAGUUUCUUGAGAACAUGAUCUGGCCCAGCUUCCGAGCUGCGCAUUAUUUUGCAUUUUGGCAGGAUGCAGGCAUAUGCAGCCGAGGGUGCUGAAGCGGGUGUGCCAAAAAUCAUAAACUAUUUCCACAAGCCCUCGGUUUCGGAGAGAGCUCCUUCCCCGACUUCCAUCGCUUGGAAGAGGAGCUCUGGUUGCCACUGAUGGCAAACAAAAUAAGAACGUUCGUAUCUCUGUGCACAAUCAUCCUCCAAUGGUUAGAGGGACAGCUCAGGCCUCUACAGAAUUUGGCAAGGGGGAAAGCACAUUCUGAAGGACUUUGUUGCAAGUGUUGGAGCAGCAGCAGCAGCAGCAAGCAAUGAAUGUUCUGACCCUUGAUUGUCUAUUACCAUGUGAACAAAGUGCAUGUGUAACUUUUGACAAUUGAUUUGCAAGUUAUGAUAAUGAUGAUGAUGAUGACAAAAACAAUGGGACAGGAGAGAUCUUGCAGUGUUUUGUUGUGCACGCACUUGGUACUAAAUGAAGCCAUUAAGGAGUGUGGUUUACAUAUAAAGGGAAAGAUUCCACACAGUUGUCUCUGUUUUGAGUAGAUCAAAGCGCACGGAGUAUAUGCAUUCGGGGAGCUUAAAAAUUGGCCAAGUUCCAGAUGCUAAGGCCUAUUUUUAAUCUCAUCAAAUGCAUACACCUCGUAUGCUUUGAGUUACUCAAACCCGUUAGUAUAAAUUAAACUUCUUAAUAGCUUUGUUUUGCAUAAUGAAGUGCGUACACCACAAAAUAUUGUAAUUCUCCCUCCGUCCCAUAAUUGAUUACAAUUUCUUUUACCCCAACCUCUUGAUAAUUAUUGGUUUUGUGUGUUCAUUACUAUAAAAUAUUUUUUUGUUCUCUUGUUUGAUACCGGAGUAUAAGUUUUGUUCCAAAAAAUUAUUCUUGGAUUA